ACAGAUGUUGGAUGCUGAGCUGUGGCAGCAGUCGUUGGGCUGAAAACUUUGCAACCGUUUUAGUCGACUGAAAAUAAGCUCACAUUCCAGUCUACCAGCUGCCUGCUUUAAGCGUAACCGGACCAGUGACUACUAAGAAGAUGCAGAUAUAACAAAGCUUGUUCUCUUGGUUUUGCAAGAUCUGAACACUCCCAAGGCAGAAAUGAUUGACCAAAUAUCAUCUUACUGGACAUCCCUGGUCACACCCCUGAUUUUUGUUCUGCUUCUGCAGCCAUCACUGACACAGCUCUCAAUUGUCAAACAGCCAAACAUUGUUCUGUUGAUGGCUGAUGACCUUGGCAUAGGGGAUGUAGGCUGCUAUGGGAAUGACACUAUCAGGACCCCAAACAUUGAUCGCCUGGCAAAGGAAGGAGUGAAACUGACCCAGCACAUCGCUGCAGCUCCACUUUGCACUCCCAGCAGAGCAGCUUUCCUCACUGGCAGAUAUCCCCUCCGAUCAGGGAUGGAUGCUGUAAACAAUUACCGUGUUCUUUUUUGGAAUGGGUGCUCAGGAGGUCUUCCUCCAAACGAAACCACUUUUGCCAAAAUACUGCAGCAGCAAGGCUACAGCACAGGACUGAUAGGGAAGUGGCAUCAAGGUGUUAACUGUGACUCCCGUGAUGACCAUUGUCAUCACCCUUUAAAUCACGGGUUUGACUAUUUUUAUGGGAUGCCUUUUACACUCAUCAGUGACUGCCAGCCAACAGAAGCCCCAGAGAUGGACAGAGCCUUUAGAAAGCGACUCUGGCUUUAUACUCAGAUGAUUUGCCUCAUUACACUCACUGCUGUCUUGGGAAGACUGACUGGCUUGAUUUCAGUCCGCUGGAAAACACUGACCUGCCUUGCUGGGUUUAGUCUCCUGUUCUUCAUAUCCUGGUUCUCAAGUUAUGGGUUUGUGAGAUACUGGAACUGCAUUAUGAUGAGAAACCAUGAAGUUACUGAGCAGCCAAUGGUGACAGACAGGGCUACAUCUCGUAUCUUGAGAGAGUCUAUUUCAUUUAUUGAAAGAAAUAAGCACAAGCCAUUCCUCCUCUUUCUUUCCUUUUUGCAUUCCCACACCCCUCUUCUAACCACAAAGAAGUUUCUUGGGAGAAGCAGCCAUGGCUUGUAUGGAGACAAUGUGGAGGAAAUGGACUGGAUGGUGGGCCAGGUUCUAAAUGCUAUUGACAAGGAAGGCUUAAAAAAUACUACACUAGUUUACUUUGCAUCUGAUCAUGGUGGAUGGCUGGAAAGACAAGAAGGCAAAAGGCAGUUGGGUGGCUGGAAUGGAAUAUACAAAGGUGGAAAAGGCAUGGGAGGCUGGGAAGGAGGAAUCCGUGUCCCAGGGAUAUUUAGAUGGCCAGGAGUGUUACCUGAAGGCAUAGUUAUUGAUGAACCUACAAGCCUUAUGGACAUAUAUCCUACAGUAGUUCAUCUGGCUGGAGGGGUACUACCCCAGGACAGGGUAAUUGAUGGCCGGGAUCUGAUGCCUUUACUGCAAGGAACAGUUGAGCACUCAGAGCACGAGUUCCUGUUUCACUACUGUGGCAUUCACUUGCACGCUGUGCGGUGGCACCAGAAGGACAGUGGAGCCAUCUGGAAAGCUCAUUAUGUCACCCCUGUCUUUCAACCCCCUGGGGCUGGGGCUUGUUAUGAUAGAGGAGUUUGCCCAUGUUUUGGGGAAGGUGUGACCCAUCAUGACCCUCCAUUGCUGUUUGAUCUCUCGCAAGACCCUUCGGAAGCCAAACCUCUGUCGGCUGACACCGAGCCCCGCUUUGACAUGGUGAUAAGGAAGAUUGGAAGAGCCAUAGAAGAGCAUCGCAGGACACUGGCCCCUGUCCCAGAGCAGCUCUCCUUCUACAAUGUGGUGUGGAAGCCGUGGCUGCAGCCAUGCUGUGGGACGUUCCCAUUCUGUUGGUGUGAUAAAGAAAGUGAUAACCAACUUGCAAACCUAUGAAGGAAAGAACCAAAGUUACUUCCUCAAAAGGUUUUUUUAGAUCAAGAGUGUUUUCUUAGAGGUUGUUGAGUUGUGUGUUGAUUGAUUUGAUUGAAUGGGGCCUUUAUAUAAGGAUUGGUGCAAUGAAAAAGUUGGCUUUAGGCUGCACACUCUUAGGGGGCAAGCAAGACAUGAUCUGAAGAGCAUGUUUUAACUUGCAUCUGUUGACUACUGCAGGAAUGGUUCAAAUGCACUGUAGCAGGUCAAGAUUAGAGCUAUACAAGAAAUGAUACAACUUAUGUUUUGUUAUUUAUGAACAUACAAAAAUCUUACUUUGUAUUUUUUGUUUUGAAUUUCUAAGUAACUAAUGGACAGAGGUCUCGCUUAAUUUUGUUACCCUUACAGGUGAUGCCUGAAGUGCCAGUAGAAAUUAUUUUUGUAUGCUACUGUCUCCAGAAUAAUUCCAAAGCAAAUUUGCUCACAGAGAAAAGCUUUUUCCUUUCCAAAGCUUCCAUUGCAUUCAGCUGCCUAAGCAGCACUGGCAAAGACAUGGUGGUCACUGAUAGUCACAGAAGUGUCACACUGAUAAACAGUUCUGUCAUCUGGCCACAGGACUGUACGAGUUACCUUCCUGCCAAUAUCUCGGUCAUAACUGGUUCCUGCUAACAAGUAGUAGGUUCAGAAAAGGCUCUUUGAAAGAUGUCCAAUCCUAAUUACAAAAACAAACUAACUCUAAUUUACUAUUAUAAAAAGGAAUGCAGAAUUAAGGUAUAUUUUGCUUCACAAGUUAGAUUUUCGUCCCACUAAACCAGAUUCACUUAGAUCUAUCUCCUUUUCUGCUGUAAUUUCAUUUUUUUCCUUCUUUGUUUUAAAAAAGAUGUUCCUAUUAAAGUGGUCUUGCAGAUACUGGAUUUUGUUAUAGGGUACAAUAUAUAUCUGUUCACACAGACAAGUGUAUGCUGAUAUAUAUUUUAUAUAUAUAUAUAUAUAUAAUGCAUUUCACAGACUUCUAGCAUUCACUCAGAUGCUCCACCAGUGCUACUGAUGAGAAAGACAUUCAGUCUUACUGUGAAGAUUUCAAAAGAUGAAGUGAAUCCAUCAAUUCACCUA